GAGAGUGACAAUUGACACCCAUGCGUGGUGGUUGCAAUUCCAACUUUGCCUUUUCAAGUCUGGCAUGCCGCUUAUAUCACACGUUCCAUUCCGAUUCCAAUAUCCUCAUGCCUUGGCUCAAUCGUCAAGUUAAUCCAAUCCCACCUCACACUUCUCACCACCAAAACUUCAAUGGCGGAAUCCACAUCAGGUCAAGAUGCAAAGGCGCCUAAUCUGCUUGAAAGAACGAAGGAAGAGAUUGAAGCGACACUCCACGCAAAGAAAUUGCAUCACCAUCGCAAGGAAAGUCGCGUAGACAUCGACGAGAAUACCCCAAUCGAGGACGUGAAAGGUCCCAAUGUGUUUGAGAGGGUGCAGGAAGAGAUUGAGGCAAUUGUUCAAACUAUUCAUCCGAAGAAAGAAGCAAAGAAUCAUGGCCCUCCUUUGAGCGAAUCUGAGAAAAGGCAGCAUGGAACUCUAAAGGCAGAGUCAAAGCCAGAGAACCCAGAUUCCGUUUCUCAAGAAAGGGAUGCAAAGUCACGCAAUCUAAUAGAAAGAGCUAAGGAAGAACUUGAUGCGAUGAUGCACAAGAAGAAGCCGCCUCACCGCCAUCACAAAGAAACUCAUGGAAUGAGUAAUGACAUUGAUGAGCACACUGCAAUAAGUGAAAUUAAAGGCCCAAAUGCGUUUGAAAGAGCAAAAGAAGAAAUUGAGGCCCUUGUUGAAACCAUUCAUAGAAAGAAGGAAUCCCGCAAAUGAUGUUUCUUCAUCAAGCCAGGAAGUUGGAAUCCUAUGCUCUCCCUGGUGGCACAAGGAAGUAGAUUGAUGCAAGUAAGCUUUCUGAGUUUGAAUUACCUUAACCUCCUACUUUUGAAAAUUGUUGAUUGUGUGAAAUCGUGCAUAGAAAACAUGUACAAAAGAAGUUCUAUUAGAAGAAUGUGAUAAAAGAAUCUCAUGGGCCAAACGGUGAGUGUUUUAAUUUAUGAAAUGGAUGAGGCACAAAUAGUCACUUUAUUCUUCAUAAAUAUUUUAUGAGAAUUUUUUUGGCGCU